AUGGAUGAAAUGGCGGGGGGUCUUAGAGACAGCUAUGUUCCUUUCCUUUUGGUGGCUCGCGGGGAGCGUGAUCGGUUACAAGAAAGUUGUGGCGGUGGUGAGAAAGGGAUGGUGGUUCCAUGGCGCGACCAGCUGAAGGUUACGAAUAGUAGGCAAAUUGUCAAGAAAUGGAGGAUCGGCUGGAGGGUGAAGAGGAUGGGGGUGGAGGAUGAAUUGGUGACGAGAGAUGAGAUAUGUGAAGUGGUGAAGAGGCUUAUGGAUGGAGGGCAAAGUGAGGUGACGGAAUUUAGGGAGAGAGCCCAAGAGUUGGGGAAGAUAUGGAGGGGAGCGAUUGUAGAAGGUGGAUCUUCUGAUGGGAAUCUUCUGCAGACAAUUUCAGCCAUUUAA